UAUAGAGCGUACGGAUUAACCAUUCGCUAAAUAGAUUAGUCUUUUUUCGAACUCAAUUUUUGGGAAUAUUAUAUCUGUUUUCAUCUAAAUUACAACACCAUAUUUAAUAUGGAUUGUUGUAUUUAUUUUGAGUAAAUACGAUAUUUUGUCUUGUUAAAUUGGCCAAGUUCGAAUAGUGAAGUUUUCGUUAAGCUAUUAAGAUCCAAUACAAAUAAACAUUUAAACAGCAGUCAUGGAGAACUACGAAAGUGCAACUCAGUUAUCAGAGAUUCAAUCAUUUUACAACGAUACAACAAUAUUUUUAACUGGUGCUACUGGAUUUAUGGGAAAUUUAAUCCUGGAUAAAUUAAUAAGGACUUGUUCGGGAGUGAAAAGAAUCUAUAUUUUAAUCAGAGAGAAAAAGGGGAAAACUACAGAAGAAAGAUUUAAACAACUCUUCGAUGAUCCCGUAUUUGAAUUAAUGAAAAAAGAAAAACCAAACUUUUUAGAAAAGAUUACUGCAGUUAUCGGCGAUUGUGCAUUGCCGAAUUUGGGAAUUGAAGAAAAAUAUAUUAAUAUUUUAAAAGACGAAGUAAACAUAGUUAUACACUCCGCUGCUACUGUACGAUUUGACGAACAAUUAAGAAUAGCUGUCAAUAUUAAUAUAAUUGCCUUACAAGAUAUACUGAAAAUAAGUCAAGAAAUUAAAAACUUGAAAGCUUUCGUUCACAUUUCAACUGCUUAUUCAAACUGUGCAGGAAGAGAAAUUGUGGAUGAGGUAUUCUACAAACCACCUAUAUCUGGAGAAAAAUUAGCACAGGUCGUUAAUAGUCUGAACGACGAGUACAUCGCUAGAAUUACACCUUCGUUACUAGGAGAAUGGCCAAAUACAUAUGCGAUGACUAAAGCAAUUGCUGAGGGUGAAAUAGUGACUUAUGGCAAAGGGUUACCAAUUGGAGUUAUUAGACCAUCAAUGAUUAUUGCCACCGACAACGAACCUGUUCCUGGAUGGAUCAACAAUUUCUAUGGACCAACAGGAGUUGUAGCAGCCACCGGCAUUGGUCUCAUGAGAUGCAUGUAUGCUGAUCCCGAUAAAACAGCCGAUAUCGUACCUGGAGAUUACGUCAGCAACGCCGUGUUAGCUUGUGCUUGGGAUAUUCACAAUCUAUGGAAAGAUAACACAUUUAACGACAUUAUGAAAACUGAUAGUUUAGACAAAGAAACGUUUGUGCCACCUAUUUACAAUUUCGUAUCAUCAAGUGUCAACCCAUUGACAUGGGGAGAAUUUUCAAUGUUGAAUAAAAAAUACGGAUGUGAAGUGCCUUCUGUAAAAGCGAUUUCGCCAAUUUUGUUGAGAUUAUCUAAACACAAAUACGAAUACCAAAUUUUAUGUUUUAUUCUCCACAUUAUACCCGGAUUUAUAAUUGAUUCCUUAGCCAAACUUACCGGAAGGAAGCCUUUAUUAAUGGAAGGUUAUAGAAAAAUGCAUAAAUUCGCCGAUGUUAUAUCUUACUUCAGUUUAAAAUCAUGGACAUUCAACGAUAAUAACACGAGGUCUUUGAUAAAAAAGUUAUCCAAACUAGAUCAGACACUUUUCAGAUUCGAUUUAACCAAAUUGAGUUGGGAUGAAUAUUUCAAAAAACACGUAUUAGGUAUUCGAAUGUAUAUUGUAAAAGAUCCAUUGGAAACAUUAACAGAAGGAAAAAAAAGGAAUCAAAAAUUAUGCAUAGCUUACUACACAUUAUUAUCCGUCUUAGCUGCUGCAUUAUUAUUAAUAGUGUAUGGAAUUUGCAAUUUAUUUGUGUAACAAAAUUAGUGCAGCUUCAGAAAUCUCAUUUUCAUAUUGUACAGACAAAUCUUACAAAUAUUCAUUAUUCAAUCUUUUACCUAGUGUAAUGAGGAUUUUAUUUUUUUGUUCAUAUUUUAUAAUACUUAUACAUUAAAUAUACCUAAUAUAGUUUUGUA